CUACAAGGGCCACCAGGAACCAGGCCAAACCCCUCCCCCCAUCAGGAAAGAACUCCUCUAUGACCCCAGCCUAAGGUGUCAGAGCGCCUGCCAGUCUGGGCUACCUGCAGCUAGAGUACUCCAUGGAAAAACAAACAGGCCCAACCUUCUGGCACCAGCUCCCCACAGAAGCCCUGGCUCCCAUCCCUGGCCCCCUUCCUCAGGCAAGGAAGGCCCAGCCCCUAUUUCUUCCUCCCUCCUGCACUAACCAUGAUGUUCCUUGGAGCUAAGGAAUUCCCAAUCUGGUCUCCUACAGCUCCAAGGACCUUCCACUACUGGCCCAGAAGCUGCUGGGGAAUGACCCCCUCUAGGACACACAACCUCCUCAAAACCGGGAAUGGAGGAGCAUGUCCAGCCUGGCCACUUACCACUGGAAGUACAAGAACACCUGUCCCACCUGCAGGAAGACAGAAAGCUGGACCAGAUCUGCAUUUCUUUUGAUGAAGGCAAAACUACCAUGAACUUCAUUGAGGCUGCGCUGCUGAUCCAGGGCUCUGCCUUUGUCUACAGUAAAAAGGUGGAGUACCUCUACUCGCUGGUCUACCAGGCUCUGGAUUUCAUCUCAGGCAAAAAGCGGAACAAGCAGGCCACGUCUGUGCAGCCAGAUGGGCAGAAUGCCGACGACAGCAGCGGAGCCCACCCCGAACCUGAGGAAGAGUUUCUGUCCCUUGAUGACCUCCCCGACUCCCGGGCAAACAUAGACCUGAAGAACGACCAGUCUCCCAAUGCAGUGCCUGUCAUCCCCUUGGUGCCCAUGGCCCUGGUGCCCCCUGACGAAGAGGAAAAGAAGAGCAGCCCACUGUAUAGCCGCCGAGGGGAGGUCCUGGCCAGCCGCAAGGAUUUCCGGAUGAACACAUCCACCCCCCAUCCCAGCGGGGCCUUCCUGCUGGAGCCAGGAGGCCUGUCCCCAAUGGAGCAGAUACUGCCGAGGACCCAGCUAGAUGCCGAGAGGCCUGAGGAAAUGCCCAUGGACGUCUCUGUGUGCAUGUCCCCGGCCCCAGUGCUCAACUUCUCCCAGGAGGACGAUGAGAAGCAAGAGGCAGCACUACCUGAAGGUGAGGAAGAGGUGGGAGGAGACUUGCUCCUUGACCCAGAGGCCCCUGAGGCCUGUCCAGAGUCCCCAGAGCCGGAGACCCAGCAGCAGGGUGCCCUGGAGUCGAGGAAGUGCACACACCAGGGUACGACCCCGGCCGCCACCCCCUGCCCAUCGUGGCAACAAAAGGAGCCCCCAGACCCCUGGCGGAGCCUGGACCCCUUUGACUCCCUGGAGGGCAAGCCCUUCAAGAAAGGGAGCCCUUACUCUUUGCCACAGCAUUUGGAGGAGACCACAUCUGGCAAACGCAAAAGGAAGACCUCCACCAGACUCCAGGGGUUUCACGAGUGGUACCUGGCUGCUUAUAGCGGCUGUGGUAGCUCCCAGAAACCUCGGCACAGAGGCCCCACAUUUGCAGACCUAGAAGCCCUCUACUGGAAGCGUGUCAAAGAGCAGGCGGAUGCCCUGCGCAAGCUGCGGAGGGGAGAGGUGGCGGAGCAGCAGCUGGCCAAGGCCCAGGAAGGACUGUGGGCCCUAGAAGAGGAGCGAGUGGAGGAGUCCCCGGAGCACCUGGGAGGAGGAGACAGCUUCUUGGAGCUGGAGGAUGUGGAGCCCGCGGAGCCGCUGGAAGGCGUUCCAGAGCCAGAGGCCAUUGCUCCGCUGAGCUACGAGGAGUUGGUCCAGAGAAACGUGGAAUUAUUUAUCGCCAACUCUCAGAAGUACGUGCAUGAGACGGAGCUGUCUCAGCGCAUCCGAGAUUGGGAGGACACCAUCGGGCCCCUGCUCCAGGAACAGGAGGAACACGUUCCUUUCGACAUCCACAAUUACGGGGACCAAGUGGUAGCGAGCUUUCGGCAGCUCAACGAGUGGUGUCCCUUCGCGGAGCUGGUGGCCGGCAAGCCCGCCUUCGAGGUGUGCCGCUCCAUGCUGGCCUCCCUGCAGCUGGCCAACGACUACACGGUGGAGAUCGCCCAGAAGCCAGGGCUCGCGGAGGCUGUGGACACCAUGUCCCUGAGGCUUCUCACCCGCCAGCGAGCCCAUGAGCGCUUCCAGACAUACACGGCCCCCUCCAUGGCCCUGCCCUGACUGUGGGGAGCAGCUGCUUGAGAGAGACACUGUGUGUGUAUGUGCGUGUGUGUCCGGGCUCCCCCCGACAGCUGUUUUUUUUCCAUGUUUUGUCUAAAUUUGUCUCCUGCCCUCCCCCUCCCUUGGCAACCCUGAAGCAGGGGAGGCUUUGCGUCUUGGCAGGUGCCUAGAUGGUGCCAGGGGACUUGGGGGCCUGGUGACCAGGGCCCGCCCCCCCUUCCCCCAUAGCCAGCCAUCUCAGCCCUAGUCCAGAGCUCUGUGGGCCCUUCAAGGUUGUGUUUGUACAACGAAUCUGUUUAUUUCCCACGCCCAUGUUGAGCGACGUGUCGAGCAUCGUUAUCAUAGAAUAAAUGUGUCUGGUCGACCAGA